CCAGCAUCUUUUAGUGUCCGUUACCUGUCGGCAGUCCUUCAGCACAAUGGUCAGCAGCAGGAUGCUGCUUCUCGGUGCCUCCUGCUGGCUGCUCGUUGUUUUAGGGAGUUGCGAGGAGCCAAUCGAAGAGAGGUCAGCCGAAUACGACGCCAUCGAGACACAAGAAGAGAAAGAGCUGAUUGAAGCUCUGCAGGAAGUUCUGGAGAAGCUAAAGGGCAAACAGCUGCCAUCCUCAGAGAAAAAACUCGGCUGGCUUGCUGCUUGUGAUGCAGGUGAGCAGUGUGCAAUACGUAAGGCUUCGAGAAUCGGGAAGCUGUGUGGCUGUCCCGGAGGAACCGCUUGUAACUUCAGUGUCCUCAAGUGUCUGUAAAGUUCAAACACUAAAGUCCUGCU